AUGUCCAGCCCAGUUGACGAAUCCAAAACCCAUCUGGGUCCUCCACGACGCGACACCGACCCCUCCAGUGACGACGACCGGCUGGGUAACCGAUCGACCAACAAUGACGAACGCCCGUUGACCCGCGAAAAUCCUCCUCCGCCCGCGGGGGGUAACCAGUGGGGCGUGCUCUUCAAAGCCAUCCGCGAUGGCACUUCACAACUCGCUGAAAAACUCGGUCGUGAUCCUGACGGCGGUGAUGGACUGGAUUCGGCCUGGCACCCGGAAGACUACGGAUUUCAGGAGGAUAUCGAGAUGAGAGAGAUGCUUGCCGAGGAGGAACUCGAGGAUGCUGCCUACGCUUCUAAGCUGCAGUCGGUGCUGGGUUCUGAUGCCAAUAACCUUGUCAAGAACCUGGGCUUGGGUGAGACGCCGUCGCGGACCAACAGCAAUGAUGAGAAUCUGGUCGGAGGUGUGCUCUGGCAUUUACUCAGCCAUCAGAUGGGACAUAAUCCAGAGGAAAUUCAUGACGAUGGUGCUAUCCCAGCAUCGACAGAAGACGGACUGGCACCGCUACCUACUGACCUGCGGAAACGUCGGAAGAAGAAGUGGUACGAGGAGGAUCCAACAAACGACAAAGAAGGGCGGAGGAAAAUGAAGGAGGAGCUAUUGACACAAAAGAUUGGCUCGCUUCUCACACGCCAGCGCUAUAUGAUCCAGCUGUGUCGCGCACUGAUGAAGUUUGGCGCUCCGACGCAUCGUCUUGAAGAAUACAUGCAGAUGACGGCUUACCGAUUGCGCGUGAACGGUCAAUUUAUGUACAUUCCCGGCUGCAUGAUUAUCUCAUUUGACGAUCCCCUCACCCGUACUGCGGAGGUCAAGCUGGUCCGUACAACACACGGAUUGGAUCUCGGCCGACUCGGGGACAUUCACAACUGCUACAAAAAUGUCCUCCAUGGCAGACUGACGCCGGAUGAGGCACUCCCGGUGAUGGACGAUCUCCUUACACGAAAGAGUCGCAUCCAUCAGGCAUGGUUGUUGGUCUUGCUGUCCGGUUUCGCGAGUGUGGCGGUGGGUCCGUGGGCGUUCAGCGCGCGCCCGGUCGACAUGCCCAUCAUCUUCGUCCUGGGCUGUCUGCUCGGAAUAUUGCAGUAUGUGCUGGCACCACGAUCCGCGUUGUACUCAAACGUGUUCGAAGUGACCGUGGCCAUGCUCACGUCAUUUUUGGCACGUGCAUUUGGAAGCAUUUACUACUCCAACGGCGAGCCUAUUUUCUGUUUCUCCGCCCUGGCAGAAUCAUCCAUUGCACUGAUUCUUCCAGGAUACUCCGUGCUGUGUAGCAGUCUGGAAUUGCAAUCGCAUCAGAUCGUGGCAGGAUCCAUCCGACUGGUCUAUACUAUUAUCUAUUCGCUUUUCCUCGGUUAUGGCGUGACAGUCGGUCUAACGAUCUACGGGCUGAUGGACGAUAAUGCGACCACGGCGACAACCUGCCCUUCACGAGACACCAAUAUUUACGGCAGCGUAUACGUGCAGGAAUUCGUGUUUGUGGCUGUUUACUGUGCCUUUGCCGCCAUCCUCAACCAGGCCAAAUGGAAGCAGCUGCCGAUCAUGUCCUUCAUGGGCGUUGCAGGCUACACAACCAACUACUUCACCGCCAACCACCUGGACAGUCGGUUCGGCAGUACUAUCGGGGCGUUCACGAUCGGAUUGUGUGCCAACUUGUACAGUCGAGUGUGGCAUGGACACGCUGCUGCGGCCAUUGUGCCGGGUAUGUGGACGCUGGUUUCGUCUGGUCUGGCCAGUAGUGGAUCGAUCAUCUCGGGAUUGGCAUAUGCAGAAGCAGUGAAGAACAACACCGUGUCGGAUUCCACCACAACCAAAACACAAGAGUCACUGGGAGGGUUGGCGUUGACUAUGGUGCAGACGGCGUUGGGAAUCACGGUCGGUCUGUUUCUUUCCGCCAUGGUGGUCUAUCCAGGCGGAAAACGCAAGGGCGGUUUAUUCAAUUUGUGA